CGCUCUAGGUGCGUGGGUAAGGCGAGUGGUCGGUGCCGCUUUUUAAGAGCUGAGUACGACUUGCAAAUUAAUAUGUCCCCUGAAAUUGCCUUGAACAGAAUCUCUCCAUCUCUUUCUCCUUUGAUUUCCAAUGUGGUCAGAAAUGGAAAAGUAGGAUUAGAUGCAACUAACUGUUUAAGGAUUACAGAUCUGAAAUCUGGCUGCACAUCUCUGACUCUUGGGCCCAGCUGUGAUCGCUUUAAGUUGCAUAUUCCAUAUGCUGGAGAAACACUGAAAUGGGAUAUAAUUUUUAAUGCCCACUAUCCAGAAUUACCACCGGACUUUAUCUUCGGAGAAGAUGCUGAAUUCCUUCCUGAUCCAUCAGCCUUACAUAACUUGGCCUCAUGGAACCCUUCAAACCCGGAAUGCCUCUUGCUUGUUGUAAAAGAACUUGUGCAACAGUAUCACCAGUUCCAAUGCAGCAGAUUACGUGAGAGCUCUCGCCUCAUGUUUGAAUAUCAAACAUUACUUGAAGAACCUCAAUAUGGAGAUAACAUGGAAAUUUAUGCUGGCAAAAAAAACAACUGGACUGGUGAAUUUUCAGCUCGUUUCCUUCUGAAGCUGCCGGUGGACUUCAGCAACAUCCCUACUUACCUUUUCAAGGAUGCAAAUGAAGACCCCGGGGAAGAUGUUGCUCUUCUUUCAGUGAGCUUUGAGGAUACAGAAGCUACUCAGGUUUUUCCCAAAUUGUAUCUGUCUCCACGAAUUGAACAUGCUCUUGGAGGAUCUUCUGCCCUUCAUAUCCCUGCUUUUCCAGGUGGAGGAUGCCUCAUUGACUAUGUGCCCCAAGUAUGCCAACUGCUAACCAACAAGGUACAGUAUGUUAUUCAGGGUUACCAUAAGAGAAGAGAGUAUAUUGCAGCAUUUCUUAGUCACUUUGGAACUGGCGUGGUAGAAUACGAUGCUGAAGGUUUCACAAAGCUCACCUUGUUGCUUAUGUGGAAAGACUUUUGCUUCCUUGUUCACAUUGACCUGCCGCUGUACUUUCCUCGGGACCAGCCAACUUUAACAUUUCAAUCUGUCUAUCACUUCACUAACAGUGGGGAACUCUAUUCCCAGGCUCAGAAAAACUACCCUUACAGUCCACGAUGGGAUGGCAAUGAGAUGGCCAAAAGAGCAAAGGCUUAUUUCAAAUCGUUUGUCCCUCAGUUCCAGGAGGCAGCAUUUGCCAAUGGAAAGCUCUAAAAAGGGAGAAACAACAACCUUAUCCGAAGAGGAUGGCAGAUCCUUAUAUCCACAUGCCUGUCAACAGACUGCAAGAUGACUUUCUGGAAGUAGUUUGGGCAUCAGUCUCUAUUGGGUGUGUAGCGCCUCCGGAGUGUCAUUGUGAUCACCACAGACUGAACUCACUGUGUGUAUAUAUAUAAUGAGGACCUUGCCUGGCUUAAUAUAUUAUGUUUUAUUUGGUUCAGUUUUCCUACCUGUGAACACAUUUCUUAUUUACCUGCUUAACUGAAAUUAAAAAUGUAUUAGAUAGCUGUGGGGUUUUUUUCUGUAAUACCUUAUCUCUAAAGUUAUUUUUUUAUACCAAUGUUUAGGGUUAAUCUGUGAAUUUUUGCAUCCCGGGAUUUCAACCUUUUGGCAAAUUAGCUGAACACUGCCUACUGGACAAAGCACUGCUAUAUUCUUUCUUUGCAAUGAUCUGUGCUUAAGAUUCACGCCCAUGUGAGUCUAAAAAAAUACAAUCAGAUUAAUUUUUAGUUGCUGGAAAGGUGAGCUUGAUGGCAACACACUUUUAGUAUCUCUAGUCAGAAACCCUCUAUGUUGCAGAAUUCAGCAUCAUACCUUUGUUAUUUCUGUACAAAAUUUGACAGGCACCUUCUGGUUACCAUCCAAUAAUGUUAACAAGAAAUGUCUACCAUUUGAACACCAGUUGUGUAUAACAAUUCACUGUGUAAGUUAUGAUGAUGUGACAACAUUUUUACCUAAUUUUACAGCUCUGAUGAGAAAUAUAAAUACCACUGUUGAAACAGG